AUGAGUCUGGGAGAUAGCAUUAUACAGCGUGCUCUCAUCAUGUAUCAUAAGCUGAGCACCGUCACAAAAGCGACAGUCGCCAUUUCGAUCGCCCUCAUCCUGUACAGACUGUUGUUCCGACAUGAGUCUACCAGACGCAAGGAGCUGCCAGCUUGGGGCCCCGUUGAGAUGGCGCUGGUCAUGUCCUUGCUGGAUGGACCACGUAACGGUAUCGUCUAUCGUAUCUUUUUCGCGCUUCGCCGAUACGGUGGCUCGUUCUACGGCAUCUCAUCAGCAAAUCAGACUCUCAUUGGGUAUGAAGACGUCGAUCGCCUGUUCUCGUCGCAGAUGAACCACGCCCUCAGCAUAGAGUGGCAUGGAUAUGGCCUCUUCCUCCGAUUCUUCGGUUUUCCCGACACACCAGCCUUGAGGAAGAAGGUCGAAACCACGUUCAAACCAUGGCACUCUCCAGUUGAAAGAGUCUUCAAUAACGAGGCUGGUGCUGCUGCGGCCUUUGAGAGGGGCAAUCUUCCCAAGAUGGUGUCCAAAUUCGUCAGUUUCAGCAUGGAGAAGGAGAAGAUGAAGAGAUGGGAACUCCGUGCCGAUACCAAGGUCAUCAAACCCGAAGACAACAGCGGGGAAGAGGGAGCAGUCGAAGCUAAUCUCUCAGCUCUGAUCAUGGACUUUGGGGCUUGCUUCACCAUUCCACCCAUAUUCGGACACGACCUGCUGGAUCGCAACCCGCAUCUCCUGGAAGAUAUCUGGAAGUUCGAUCAUGUUGUUCCGCUGCUGUUCAUCAACAUGCCAACAUGGGUUCCGUUGAAGGUCAUGAAGGAGGGCAUAGAAGCUCGGAAGCGGCUGCUGGACGGAGUCGAAUCCUUCUCUCGACGGGUCACCCAGUUGCAGCUAGGAGAGAAGAUUGACGACGGUGCUGACUUGUCGGACGUCAGCGAUGUUGUCUUGGAGCGCAAUACCGCUCUCAAACGGAAUGAGUGGUCGUACAAAGAGCGUGCCGCCUCCGAGCUGUUGGUUCUCUUUGCCAGCAACACCAACACCCAACCAGUCCUAUUUUGGUUGGUUCUGUACAUCUACUCCACGCCAGGACUGGUAGACACACUCCGCGAGGAGGUUGCGCCCUUUGUCACUCUCACAAGCUCGGCCAACAGGAAAGACAUCAAUGCCAUCGAUACUUCAGGGUUGUCCCGCGAGUGUCAACUCCUCAAGUCUGUCAUCCUCGAAACCCUCCGUCUUGCCUUUGGCGCAGUCUCAACUCGCUUCGUCAAAAGCCCCAUCACCGUCCAAGAUGGCAAGCACACGCACAAGCUCCAUCCAGGAACCUUCCUGUCUGUUCCUCACUCUUUCUCCCAGCGGGACCCGUCCAUGUACCCCGACCCAGACAAGUUCGUCCCCGAUCGCUUCCUCGAGACGGAUCCCUCGUCCGGCAAAUUGGUUGCCAAGUACGGAAAGCUGAGGCCGUGGGGCGCCGGAGCGAGUAUGUGUCGGGGACGACUGUUUGCUGAGAAGGAGCUGAUGGCUAUUGGCGCGGCGCUGGUGAUGCUGUGGGAUAUCAGCCCUGCUGGUGGUGGUGAGUGGAAGAUACCUGAGAUGCUGGGUGGGCCGGGGCCGGUGAAGCCGAAAGAGGAGGUGAGGGUUGUCAUCAGGCGGAGGGUGUUUGACGGUGUUCCUUUGGAGUAA